ACUUUCUCUUGACUCUCUUCCCCUCUCUUAAACAAUGGUUGCCUCUGUUCCAGUCUCUACCUUGCUUUCCUUAUCCCGUUAUAAUUUAUGGGCAUAUAAACAGCUCUUAGAUGGGUUGAAGUCUCUGCCGGAUAAAGACUAUUAUGGACACGCAGGUUUAGUGUUUAGAUCAAUCCAUGGCACGUUGAACCAUGUUCAUGCUGCCGACGUCAAUUGGUACUGUCGAUUAACCAACAAAUAUCCAGAAAGCUACACAGCCAUGCAAUCGUUAUGGCGCGCCAACGAUUGUUACUCCACAAAAGACUCUACAGAAAGUCCUUGGGAGAGCUUUAUAAAAGAUAGGUCUGAGCUUUCCGGUCAAGUUUUGAAACAGGCACAAGACUACAUUGAUUUCCUAUCGGCUUUGGAUAGUGAUAUUGAAAUACCUCCUAUGACAUUCGUAACAAGCGGCGGUGUAGAAUUCAAGGAUCAAGAUGUAGGAUUGACUUUAUUACACGUAUUCAACCAUGCUACGCACCACCGUGGACAAAUCACUGCUGGAGUAACAAACCUUGGCUACCCUCCAAUUGAUGGCCUGGACUACGUGUACUUUCUUCGACUUUCUAAAGAGUAAUCUUCUAUAUUAAUAUCAUUGCUGUAAUGAAGAGUAUAAAAUAUCUUUUGAGAAUUCAACGCUGGAUAUACAGCUGCGCCACGCUUGAUUUUUGAUAUGAUAAAGGCUUCUGCGGAUGUUGACAUCCGUCGACGACAAUCAGAUUCACAUGACUAAACAGCA